AUGGGAGUAUUCAACGAACACCAAUACACAUCCAUCACGGCAAUUAUUGACCAAAUUACUGCGCAAACGCGGGCCAACUCGGAUGAUGCCAUUCUAGAGACGGAGCUGCCUGGGUUGCUUGACAUUAUCCGGCUUCAGAAGAGAUCGGGCCAAGUGGAGGCAGCCAGAGCAAUCAGAAAGAAACUCAAAUAUGGAAAUGUUUCCGAGCAGCUGAACGGACUCAGUUUGGUGGAGCUAUUGGUGGCCAAUGCCAGGGGAGACUUUAGUGCUUUUGUUAACGACGAGAAGUUGCUGGAACGGCUCAGGGUCCACUUGAGAGAUCCAGAAAUUGAUGCACAAGUGAAAAAACGGACUCUUCAACUGGUGGUUGGGUGGCAUAAUGAAUACAAAAAUGAUAGUUCCAGAAGUUCACUCUACAAGCUGUUUGGUCAGACUGGGGCUGAAAAGUACAUGAAGAAGAGGGGACCCAACAGCUCCAGAAGACGGUCUGUGGUGCCCAAUUUUAUGGAUGACGAGGCCGACCAAUCAACACCUUUUGAGGAAGUUUACGAGUCCCCAGAUGUGGAACCGGAAUCGUCUUCUUCAUCGUUGUCAACGGCAGCUCCUUUCAAAGCACCUUGGAAAAGGCACGAGAAGAAGGCUUCGCAGCCAAAAUCCAAUGCCGAACUGGAUAGACAGUUCAAAAUUCCCAAGAUUGACUACACUAAGGAACAGCCCAAAAUUCUGAACUUAAUUGCAGAAUCAACCACUUUAUCCAUCUCGCUCAACAACACUCUCCAGACCCUACCGAAGGACGAGCUGUCGAUCCACUCAGUCAAGGCCAACAGGGAGUUUGACCAGUGCAGGGCUAUCAGACGUAAGGUGUUGAGAUAUCUUCAGUUGGUGAAUAGAGAAGAGCUUGUCGGUGGUUUGCUUCAUGCUAACGACCAAUUGGUGUCUUCCUUGCAGAAGUACGAGGAAGCAUCUUAUCCCCAUGGGGACGACGACGAGGACAGUCUGGCUGAUUACGAAAUUGACGAUGAAAGUAUCAGUAUCAACCUGGAAAACCAUAGACCACCCCCACCUGUUCCUUCUUCUAGACAGAGACAAGCGAGAGAGCCUAGUCCCGAGUCUGUGGUUUCCAAUGAUCCUUUUGGUGAUACUAAUGCAGUUGAAAACCCGGUUGUGUGGAGGUGA